AUGAAGAUAUUUGUUAAAAUUGUUUCACUAUUGUCCCUGAAGAUUAUUUACAUCUAUAGAAACCCCAAGGAUGUUUUGAUCUCAUAUUUUCAUUUUUCAAAUUGGUUGCUUACAUUAGAACCUUCACAUGACAUCGAACAUUUCAUGGAAAAGUUUCCAGAUGGGAGAGUGUUUGGAAGUCUCUGGUUUGAUCACAUCCGAGGCUGGUAUGAGCACAGACAUGACUUCAAUAUUCUGUUCAUGAUGUAUGAGGAGAUGAAGAAGGAUCUCCGAAGUUCUGUGCUGAAAAUUAGCAGUUUUCUUGAAAAAGAGUUGAGUGAAGAGGAUCUGGAUGCUGUUGUAAAGCAGGCUGCAUUUGAGAACAUGAAGCUUGAUCUACAAGCAAAUUAUGAUCAUAUUAUAAAACUUAAAAUGAAGCCAAGAACAAAGGAUGGACAUUUUCUGCGCUAAGGUGAUGCUCAGUGG